AUGACGGUCAUCACAGGAGUUAAAAUUCCUCGUAACUUUCGCUUGCUGUUCCAACAAGAACUGGAAGAAGGACACAAAGGAGCAGGCAAUGGAACAGCUAGCUGGGGCCUUGGAGAUGCUGAGGACGUGACGCUUACAAGGUGGACAGGUACGAUUAGUGGGCCGCCAAGGGUGGGGGCGUGCAGCACACCAGUGUUAACAAAAUGGCAAAAUUCAUACAGCAUUAACAUUGUACUUCAAGAGCUGAGACGUCCAACGAUGUCCAAAGAAAAUAUGCAGCUUCCACAACCACCAGAAGGACAAACACACAGCAGUUAG